CACAACUGAUACACAAAGGGACAUUGGAUCUUCAGUGCCAAGCUUGGACUAGUUACUGUGCUAGUUCUCCAAAAGGUGUUGUUGGGCUACAACCUCAAGAACCCUGCAGAGUAGUUUGUAAUCCAUCACUUCCAUUUCAUUGGAUGCGCCUCUAGUCAUUGACAAAUAUUCCUGAUCAUUUAUUGUUCUUCCAGUAGUCAGUGGAGUGCUUGGUCCUCUGUGGCACAGGUGGACUAUCAUACAUAAAUACUACAACAAGGAUGAAUAGAUUUAAGGUGUUCGGCCUAAUAGUUACUGCAUUACUCUUGGGCUUCAUCUUCAAGACCACCAGAAAUCAAUCAACCCUUCCUUAUAUUAUUUCCUAUAUGAUAAAACCUUUAACCUAUACUAGUAUGAAUCCAGAGAAUGUUCUAAAAGAAGGAAAUGGAGUUAUAUGUUUGGAGACUACUGACAGAAUGCAGCCACCUCCUUUAGUGCUAUGUGCUAUUGAGUCUGCGGCCCGUGUGUACCCGGAUAGACCAGUGGUUUUCUUCAUGAAAGGAUUAACAAACAUUACCUCCGAAGAGGAUGUGAAACGAGCAAAGGAAAAAUUUCCAUCUCUGUCUUUUGAGAAUGUCUACAUUUUCCCACUCAGAAUGGAGGAAUUAUUUAAGGACACACCACUUCUUAAGUGGUACCAAAAGGUUGAUCCCAAAAAGGAAAGGUUCUGGAUCCAUAACCUCUCUGAUGGCUGCAGGAUGGCUAUGAUAUGGAGAUAUGGUGGUUUAUAUUUCGAUGCUGACGUCAUCUCAAUGCGACCAAUCCCAGAAAAGAACUUUCUGACUGCUGAGAACCUCCAUACAUCCGGCAGCAGUGUUUUUGGUCUCACACCCCAUCACAGUUUUGCGUGGAGAAGCUUAAAUGACUUUGUACAGAAUUAUAAUGGAGAUGUGUGGGCAAAUCAAGGCCCGACUUUGUUUACACGGGUUCUGGGACAGUUGUGUGAAUUACAUGACUUUAAAUCUCUAGACAAUUUUGUAUGUGGAAAUAUCUCCUUCCUGCACCCUAAACGCAUCUAUCCUAUAUCAUAUGGAAACUGGAAGAGAUUCUAUGAGGUUUGGGAUAAAUUACCAACUUUUAAUAAUUCGUAUGCUUUGCACCUCUGGAACUACAUGAAUAGCCAAGAAAAGAGGACUGUGAAUAUAGGCAGCAACACGUUAGUAGAGAAUCUCUAUAAACAGUAUUGCCCAUCCAUGUAUGGACUUCUUGCAAAAAAUGCAACAACUGCAAAUCAGCACACAUAAAUGUUUUUCAGGGCUGUUCUGGAAACCAAAAAUAAUGGGGUUAUUUAUUAAGCUUCGAAUUUUUCUGGUCAGACUUUUAAAGGAGAAGGAAAGGUUAAAUCUA